GUUUUAGCGCAUGAGGGCCUCCUGGUUUGUUUGUUUGCUCCACGGACUAGCUUGCCUGUUUAUUUCGUCCAUUUUGUUUUACCUUUAGCUAGAUUAUUCUAUGGCAGAGAUGGAAGACGGUGAAGAGCCGGGUUUAAUACACUCUCUCAGCUCUAAUUCGGGGUCAAAAUCGAGCAGUGACAAGAUGUUUUCUCUCAAGAAAUGGAAUGCUGUGGCAAUGUGGAGCUGGGAUGUGGAGUGCGAUACAUGCGCCAUCUGUAGGGUCCAAGUUAUGGAUGCAUGCUUGCGGUGUCAGGCUGAAAAUAAACAAGAGGACUGUGUCGUGGUAUGGGGAGAGUGCAACCACUCUUUCCACAAUUGCUGCAUGUCUCUCUGGGUUAAGCAGAACAAUCGCUGUCCACUGUGCCAGCAGGACUGGGUCGUACAGAGAAUCGGCAAAUGAGAAGUCCCUCUAACUUCCCCAUCCUUCCACUGCAAGUUUGGGCAGGAGACCGGACUGAGAAACUUCGACCUUCUAUGUACAUGUGUGUGCAUGCCGCUGUCAUUCCUUCGAUGUUAAGAUAUAGAAUGAAUGGCCAAUAUCCAGGUGAAGACGUCCUUGCCCCGCUGUUUGAUGGAAACAUUGGCAGGUGCAGGGCAAUGUUGAAGAACUCUGAGGAUAGGUGCUGCGUUUGGUGUCUUUGUUACCUUUUUUUUGUGUCGUUCAAGAUUUUUUUGUGAGAAAAAAAGUGAGUCAUUAAAAAUAAAUCUACACUUA